GUUGAAGGUGAACGGUGAACGGUUGUUGUUUUGGUUUUAAAAUUUAAUUUAAAACAUUUUCUCUACAAUUUUUCCAAUAUUAGAACAAUAAAGAAAAGAUGCCGGCUGUGCACACUUUCUCCCGAAGUGAUAACGAGAUCCUGCAGGAGUUGCUGCGGGUAUUCAGCUCGGGCCGCGGGACGGCUCGCGAGCAAUGGAGUUUGCAAGCGGAGUUAUUGGUCGAGCCAGUUGGGUGGGACGCUUUGUGGAAGCUUUCCAAGGAGUUCUGUAAAAGAUUCGAUGUAAGAUUCCCUUGCAUCGCCUAUGUAACCGUGACGUCAGUAGACUUCGAAGUGCUGUCAGCCUGUGUGGAUGUUCUCAGUGUGCAGCAUGAGACAGUCUCGUUGCCUGAAAUGGUCGUAGAUGUGCCACUGAUUGAUUUGUGGCCUACGGUCAAGCAACGUGAGAAAUGCAUCAAUGCUGCAACUACUGCUGAGUUUAUAGACUUAUUGAGGUUCUAUUACAAUGAUAUAUGGAUGCCAUGGGACGAUCAAGAUGAUAAAAUCCUUCUUCCAAACACAAUCGAAGACCGCAUGUCUCUCUGGUCAGAUCUGCACAACGGCACAAUACCACACUGUGUUGCUCGGUCCAUAACUUUGUUGAGGAGCAGUGCUAUAAAUGCACACGAUAAGCUGAAGGAAUUGGACUCGUCACUGUGCGAAGGUGAUCUGGCUGAUGAAGAUGACUCCCUGUUGCCACCGAACUACAUAUCACUAUGUGCAGAGAUGAACGCUAGACUAGAUGGGCUCAUGUCGAAAUGGACACUGUACGAGAACCCCCUCAUAAGAGAACAGUACCUAGCCAAAGCUAAGAGCAGGUGGCAGAAAAACAAAAGUAAAAAGAAUGUGACAGCUCUCUGGCAAGGAGGCUCCAUAUUCGAGUUUGAUGAGAUCUCGAAGUUUCUGAAAGCUCGCAUCACAAACAACCAAACUUUAACUGUUAUGGUUUCUGCUGAAGAUGCCUUAGCGUUGGAACCAGAAGAGGUUGUGGUGUGCAGUCAGGAGUAUGAAAUACCGGAGAUGCCGCUAUCGCAAAUAUCUAUCUGCAGUUUUAAUGGAUCGACACUAAAAGCGAGCGACAUGCGUUCCUGCCUGCUGAUGCUAAGCGAAGAGUGCCGCCUACGCCAGCUGACGCUGCCCUGUACUCUCGUCAACACCGUGGUCCUUAUGCGCGCUGGAGAGCUUACGCUACAUUCUUGCUCAUUUACUGGCGACACACAAGGAGCUCAGAGCAACUUCGCGCAAGGGAUCGUCGCGAUGGCUGGCGCCAAAAUCCUCAUUGAAGACUGCACGUUCGAAAACUUUUAUUCUGGCAUUGUGGUUCACAAAGGUGCACAGGUGGAGCUUCGCAACUGCCACUUACGCAACUGCGGCGUGGGGAUACAGAUGUAUUCUGGGGCUCGAGUACUGCUCAGUGCCACUGCUAUCAGCGACUGUAGCGAGCAGUGCGUGCGAUGUGAGCUGGAAGGCAGCCGGAAUGAGUGAGUAAUGUCAUCAGUCCACCGGGGGUAUACUGUCCCCUGAGGAACUGCGGCGUGGGCAUACAGAUGUAUUCUGGGGCUCGGGUACUGCUCAGUGCCACUGCUAUCAGCGACUGUAGCGAGCAGUGCGUGCGUUGUGAGCUGGAAGGCAGCCGGAAUGAGUGAGUACAGUGUCAUUAGUCCACCGUGCGUAUACUGUCCCCUGAAGAACUGCGGCGUGGGCAUACAGAUGUAUUCUGGAGCUCGGGUACUGCUCAGUGCUACUGCUAUCAGCGACUGUAGCGAGCAGUGCGUGCGAUGUGAGCUGGAAGGCAGCCGGAAUGAAAUGGAUGGCCUGACGAUAAUGCCCAACUGCAAAAUUGGGACAGGGAAGAAAGAUGACAUCUUGAUGGUUCAGCAAGACGUGAGCAUUUUGUAGCCAAUUUACAAUAACCUCCGAUUUUGUCCAAAGUUGAGCCAUCUUUGUAAUUUAGUUAUAGUCUGGUCUGUGAGCACGUAAUUAUGUUCCUAUCGCGCUCGCACACUCAUUGCGGGUGCCAGUCGCACAGUCGCGACAGCAAUAUAAUUACGCGCGAGCGAUAAGGAUGGGUAGCUAGGGGUCAUUGGACAAAAUUCUACGUGCUCACAGACCGGGUUUUAGUUUGUGAGCCUAACAUCGGAUAUUACAGUUUAUAUUAAUAUGUAUUUAACCAAGAUAGUCCGGUUACACACUGUUAAAUUUGCAAACAAUUAAUUUUUUUGUGGUCAAGUAGGUGGUAAUAUUUGUCACAUCAUAUUGUUAUUUUUGAAGUAUGGCAACUCUGAACAAAAUUUAACUGUAUAUCUAUUAAUCCUUUUUUGAAUGUGCCAUUAUUAUUAUCUAUCAAGUGAUCAUAUCACCAUCGAAUGGAAUGAAGUGGAUGCAAAAAAUAAUUACAUAAUCCAUGAUGAUCCAAUCCGAUGUAUUUAUUACCGUAAAUAAUAUUUAUAUUUCUUUGAUUACAUCUAAUGUUUUAAGUUAAUGUUGUAAAUCUUGUUUAAUAUACCUCAAUGUGCAGCAUAAUAUUUAAAAGUUUAAGGGCACCCUUAAAUUAAAGACGUGACGCUGCAGUGGCAUCACUAAAGAGCCACUCCUAUGCUACUCCAUUGGGAGUAGCAUAGGAGUAGCCUAUUGAGGCUAGAUGACAAAAUUUCAAUUAUUUGUCCGUCAGACAGAUAAUUAGAAAAUAUUAGACUCGUAUUUUUUAUUUUCUUUUAUAAUUAAAUAAUAACAGUGCUAAAAUACAUCGAGUUGAAAUGUCGCGUGACGUCACUUUUGACAAGAUUUUUUUUACUCAAAAGUGACUUAACGCGACAUUUGAAAUCAAUAUAAUACUGUAAUGAUUCGAUUAUGGAAAAAUGAAAAAAUAGGUAUCCAAUAUUUUUUUAUUAUCUGUCUGACGGACUAAAUAGAAUUCUGAUUUCAUUAUCCAGUCAUCAUCCCAGCGAAUCGCGAUGUAUACAAGCCACGAUAUAAUCUUAUCGAGGUAUUUUAUAGAUUUUAGAUGAGUCAACACAAAAUUUUAACUCAGGCUUGUGAUUUAGUUCUAGAAAUUACCUACUUGUGAACAAAAUUAGUCACGUCAUUGCAGUGUUAUAAAAUCUAACUUAAGGGCGUCGUAAAUUAAAAAAUUGAAUUAUUAUUAUCAUGCAUUAUAUCGUUUGAAUGUUGAGUAUGCAUGUAGCAAUAGUUUUAAAAUAUGUUACGUUUUACUUACAUGGUAGAAUAGCCAUUUAUGUUUUUUUUAUAUAUUAUUUAGGAUCUGAUAAUGUAAAGUUGUGAAAGUGGAAUAAAUGUUAUUUUAUAAUA